AUGUCCUUGCAAAAUCUUCAGACCCAUGACCCUUUUGCGGAUGACGGUGAGCCAAAUAAAGGAGAUACCGCCGUUCAUAUUCGUAUUCAACAAAGAAACGGCCGCAAAACCCUAACUACCGUUCAGGGCAUCCCUGAUAAGUUUGAUAAGAAACGGAUCCUCAAGGUAUGCAAGAAGGAUUUUGCCUGCAACGGCAAUGUGGUCCAACAUGAACAAUAUGGUGAAGUUCUUCAGCUUCAAGGCGAUCAGCGUGACAACAUCGCGGAGUUUCUAAAAAAGUACGGCCUUGUGAAGGCGGAUCAAAUCAAAGUUCAUGGGUUUUAA